GCGUGCGCUUGUAUUUCAACAUGGCUGCGUCCAGUAGUAGAGCUGUGCGGAGCAUUUUCUCAAAAUGUGCCAACUGCCGUUGGAGCGCGUUUAUUUCUCCAUCAAACGUAAACCGGCAGCUGAUCAGCAGGCAGAUCUGUGUGUCUUCAGCUGCAUGGAGAAAGAACCUUGCAGCUGCCGGACCUGAAAAGUUUUCAGAAGAAUACAUUAAGAAACAAAUAGAAGACUUCAAUAUUGGCAAACGGCACCUGGCCAACAUGAUGGGGGAAGACCCUGAGACGUUCACGCAGGAGGACAUAGAUAGGUGCAUAGCGUAUCUCUUCCCCUCUGGUCUGUUUGAGAAGAGAGCUCGACCGAUAAUGAAGCACCCAGAUCUGAUAUUCCCAAAGCAGGCAGCGGUGCAGUGGGGCGAGGACGGCCGCCCUUUUCACUAUCUUUUCUACACUGGGAAGCAAGCCUACUACUCCCUCAUGCAUGACAUGUUUGGGAAAGUGUUGGCGAUAGAAAAAUAUCAAGACAAGUUAAGAAGUAAAGGACUUUUUAGUCAAGACACCAAACAGAUUUCUCUUAGUGGUAGCCGGUGGCUGCUGAAGGAGGAGCUGGAGCAGUUACUGGUAGAGAACAUUUCUGAUCAUGAAUAUGCUCGGUUCCUGCAGCUGAUGGAGAGGCUCUUGUCCAUGCCCUACUGCUCUAUGGAGGAAGAAUUUGUGCAGCGUUUCAGAAGAAAACUGGAGGUUCAGUCCAGCAAGCAGGAGAUUCCUGUACUGCAGCACAAUGAGGACGGGGUGGCCUUCAGUCAGGCAGAGGGAAGGAGGAAAUCAUCCAAGGCCAGUGUCGCACUAAAAGAUCGGGGCUCUGGGUGCAUCACAAUCAAUGGCACAGACUAUGUGCAGUAUUUCCCUAUUCUGCAGAACAGAGAGCAGCUAAUGUUCCCGCUACACUUUGUGGACAUGCUGGGAAGGUUUGAUGUGAAGGCCAGUGUGGAGGGUGGCGGUCACUCAUCACAGGCCGGUGCACUCAGGCUGGCCAUCUCACGAGCGCUGCUCGCAUUUGUUUCAAAAGGAGAUGUGGAGAACAUGAGGCAAGCUGGUCUGCUGACGUCCGACCCCAGAAUCAAAGAGCGGCAGAAGCCAGGCCAGGCUGGAGCACGCAAAAAAUUCACCUGGAAAAAGCGCUAACCGGGACCAGGCAGACACUCUGGAUCCAACAUCAACAGCUAUCACAUAUUUAAUCACAAACAUUUUUAUGUUCAUGUUCCUAAACCCCCAUGGAAUUAAAACCCAGUGGAUGGAUCUCUUGCAGUCUGCAUUGUUUGUAUAAAGCAAUCGUGUAUAUUGGAUAAAAUAAAUAAAUAAAAAAAACAUCUACAGUACAA